AUGAAAUUAAAUUUCAUAAACUUUGAUUCGCUAUCAUCAGAAAAUCUUUUACAAAUCCUAAGUGAUGCUCUUUGUUGGAUCGGAGGAGUGCCACCAGUCGAAAUAGUGCAAGAAAGUGCUGAAGAUACUGCACUAAGGAUUUUCGAUAUGUUGCGUGUAUUGAAAUAUAAGCCCCCGGCAAAUCUUGAACAACUGUAA